AUGACGCGAGCGGCAGCUCUUGCCGGGGUUUUGGCCCUGGCAGCAGCGGGAGGCAGCCUUGCCUUGCCGACUGUUCUUGAGGGUACAGCAACCCCUACAAUGGAGUGGACUGAGGAGACCCCCAUUGAUGCUGAAGUCUCUGUAGAGGAGAUGGGCAGCACCAGCGGCAGCAGCACUGGUGUCCGCAUGAUGGAGGCUGCCUCUCCAACCCCUAUGACACCCGAGACUCCCCAGCAGCAGCCUCAGCCGCCUCAGCAGCAGCAGCAGCAGCCGCAGCCUGUUACUAUGCCAGAGGCAGCACUUGAAGCAAUAAUGCAAGAGAUUCAAAACAUGUUCCGUACUUCUCUUGUAAUGCCUGGAUGGGAGACAGUAGACACUGCAGCAGAAGCUGUCAGAAACAUUGUCGGUCGUGUACGCGAUCGCCUUACUGGGAGCGUAAUCACAUCAGCAGCAGAUAUGGAGGCAUCUACAAUGGGGUCUAGGCCUACAACAGCCUCAGCAGCAGCAGCAGCAGCAGCAGGACCUGUUGCUGCUCUCCGCGGAGUUACAAACGACUUCCUUAGAGAGAUAAUGGUACAGGAAGCUGUCUUAGAGACUCUGUGGGCCGUGCUGCGUGAUGCACAAGAAAGACCUUGGGUACUAGAAGAAGAUUCCUUACAAGUAGCUACAACUCAAGCUGUUGAAGGUUUUCUUGUACGCAUGCACGACAGACUGGCUGCAACAGGAUUUACUGAAGAAGAGAUUACGAGAUUACUCCCAAGACAGAGAAACUGCUCUCGUAGGGGUGUAUCAGGGCUUCUAGAUAACUGUCAAGACACCCCACCAACUCGAAGUCUAGGAAAGAAGGGAUAUGGCGGUGGUUAUUACGGCUAUGGAUAUCCUUCUUAUAGCUAUUACAGCUACCCGAUGUACAGCUACACCUAUGCACCUCCGGUGUAUAUGCAGCCUCUUGCUUACCCCACUUACUACAGCUACAGCUGGGGCCCCACUUAUUAUUAUUCUAGGGGAUACUACGGCAAGCACGGGCACAAGCAUGGAUACUACAGACGUCUUGCUGAAGGAGAAGGAAGUGCUGCGCUUCCUCCUGCAGCAGCAGCAGCAGCAGCACUAAGACAAGCAGCAGCAGAAGCACUAGCAGAAAUGCUUCCUCCUGCUGCACCUGCAGCACCAGUUGAAGAUAUUCACCCGUGGUUUUCUCCUGAAGAUGCAGAUACACCUCUUCGUCCUCCCAAUAGAGGGUUAGGCUGGGCCUCUCCAUACACAAGAUAUUAUUCAUCUUACUCUUAUUAUACACCUUAUUCUUUCUACCCUCGCUACAGCUAUGCUCCUUUUAGCUAUUACAGCAGACCCUUGUAUUCAUAUCCCUAUACUUACAGCAGCUAUCCAUACAGCUACAGCUAUAGCUAUCCAUACACCUACAGCUAUAGCUAUCCUUACAGCUACAGCUACCCUUCCUUCUAUAGAAGGCUUGAAGUUCCUGAUAUAAAUGCUUCUACUUCCUCUCAGCAGCAGCAGCAGCAGCAGCAGCAAGAAGAAGAUACUACUACUACUACUGCUUCUCUAGGUGGGCGUAUGUCUAUCUCCGGUGUGCAGACCCGCUCUACAUCUACAAACAGUUUGAGAAGAACAGGACAAAGAAGUGAAACUCUUAAUACCCCUACCUACUACAGCAACACAGACACCCCACGCAAUACUGUCUAUACACCUGAACAUCUUGAGGAACCUCAAACACAGACAGCAACUCAAACUGAAUGGGAGACAUACAACUAA